UUUAAUUAACGGACAAUAAUAUCGUUUGUGGUUACAACAGGCUACUGUUCCGCACUUAUAAUAUUACCACAGGAAUUACACCGGAAUUUUGCACAGGAACGUUUCAAAUAGAAACUGCUGACAACUUUCAGUAAAAACCCUGAGUUGCUCAGGAAUAAGCGUGACGUAAUAAGAAAUGUUGUUUUUACGCAAAUUGUGGUGUGCAUGUUGGUGCCACGUCCACAACUUUCUCGUUCCUCGAAACGCUGCGGAAAUUUAGAUUUGUAACCAUUUCUAGCUAAUUCUUGCAGAUCAGAUCAAUCUAGUGUCACGCUCCCUAGUCACGCUUUACGCACAUUGAGGACUAUUGAGAAAGCAGGGACAACGAAACACGUUUUAUCCACCAGAGCGUUUGAUCUUUUAUCUAUAUUAUAAUUUUAGCGCCUAAUAUUUUAUAACUUGAUGAAAAAUAGAGAAAGCUUCGAGAAGAAAAAAAGAGCUGAGCAGGUGUUAAUCAGUUUGGCAGAGCUCAGCUAGUUUCGAAUGCGUGUCACGUUAUUCUAAAAAUAACGUUGUUGUUGUUGCCUUGAAUCGUGCGCUGUUUCUCGUGUAUAGAUUCAUCUGAACAUUUUCUGCCUUAUGACAACAAGAAAGCACAUCGGAGAGAAGUUGUUGAACACAAAAAGCGUUCAAGAGUCUAUCGACUCCUUGCCAAUCUCGUUCCAUGCUCAGUUUUUCUGUAAACUAACUAUGCGUAAACGUGCUGACAAAAGUGACGUAAUGUAGCCCAAAAUACUUUUAGUGCACACAGCACUAUAAAACUGAGUUUCUCUAUCACGUUGUUCUUACUUUCUGUAGCCACGUUGUUGGUAGUCGUUGAUACCUAGAGUUUAAAUCAUGGCUGGAAGGUUUGGGCUCGUGCAGAAGCAAAAUGGUUCAAAAGUUCCUUUGGAGAGCAUCGAGAUUCAAGUCGAUGUUCAGGGAUUCACCGCACACGUGUCGGCGACCAUGAAAUACACGAACAAGAAUGAAAAUCCUAUUGAAGCCAUUUACAUUUUCCCAUUAGACGAGCAAGCAGCUGUGUGUGGAUUUCAAGCGACAAUUGACGGUCGAACCAUUGUAGCAGAAGUGCAAGAAAAGCAGGAAGCUCGAGAUACCUAUGACGACGCCAUUAGCAGCGGUCAAAGUGCUUUUCUACUGGAGGAAAGCGACGAAAGCUCGGACAUUUUCCAAAUAAGCGUUGGGAACUUGCCGCCCAAGAAGGAAGCUAUCAUAGAACUGCGUUUUGUAACAGAACUCGCUGUGGAGAAGGAAGGCCGAGUCGUGUUUGUCUUGCCGACAGUUUUGAAUCCGAGGUACUCCCCACAAGACAGUGCAGCGAGUCUUAGCACCCAAAUCCCAAGAGCAGCAGCAGUGGAUUCACCAUACUCGUUUGAGUUCGAGAUGAAAGUGAAAGCAAUCUCGGCCAUUAGCGAGAUUUCUUCCUCGUCCAACGCCUUAAUUGUCGAGAUAGAUGGCAAUGAUCAAAGCCAAGCCAAAGUAAAGCUGGCCGAGGCGCACAAGUUCAACAAAGAUGUCGAGGUUCACAUUUUGACCCGCGAACCUUUUAAGCCACAAGCGAUUUUGGAGAACGGAGCGAAAAUAGAAGGAAGGGAAGAUAAAGAAGGCUUCAUGGCAAGCCCUGUCGUGAUGCUGAAUUUCUUCCCGGAAUUUAAAACUUCAGAAUCGUCGGAUAAAGGCGAAUUUGUGUUCGUGGUUGAUCGGAGUGGAAGCAUGAGUGGAAGCAAAAUCAACAGCGCCAGAGAAACGCUGCUUCUGUUCUUAAAGAGUCUGCCCGAUGGCUGCUACUUUAAUGUGGUGGGGUUUGGAAGCAGCGACAGGACUCUGUUUAAAGAGAGCACAUUGUACAAUGAUGAAAAUUUGAAGGAAGCCACCCAGCUGGCAGAGACCAUGCAAGCUGAUCUCGGUGGUACAGAAAUCCUGGCCCCUUUGCAGUGGGUGUUCUCUCAGCCUCUGGUCAAAGGUCACCCGAGGCAGCUGUUCCUUUUGACCGAUGGGGAAGUUGGAAAUACUCAGCAGGUUAUAGAUCUGGUGCAAAAGAACUCCAAAUCUGCAAGGUAUGGCUUUCCUGAAAAAUAUUAAAUGGACCAGUUCAAACCCGGCAUAGUCAGUUGAAUGUUCGGAAAUCAAACUCAAUCAAACUCAAUUGAACUCAAUCUGUGGAUUGAGUCCGAUUGAG